AUGCCCGAAUCAAAGGAACUUGUUUCUUCAAGCUCUUCAGGCAGUGAUUCUGACAGCAAAGUUGAAGAAAAGUUAAAGAGGAAAAAGCAAGUUGUUCCAGAGAAACCUGUGAAGAAGCAAAACCCUGGUGAGACUUCUAGGGCUCUGGCGUCCCCCAAGCAGAGCGACAGCAGAAGAGAUGAAAACAUACUCCAGACUGGAAAGAUGAGAUAUGUUCGGGACUUUAAAGUAAAUUUUCCUUUUCUUUUUUUAUUAGGAAAAUUUCUACUUGAUAUCAGAGAAUAUUGGAUGGACUCAGAAGGUGAAAUGAAACCAGGGAGAAACAGGUAUUUCUUUAAACAUGGGACAAUGGAGCCAGCAGAAGGAGCAGAUCUCUGA